AAUGGGGGUAUGUUCCAAUAAGAGUUAAUACAUGAUUUCAAAGGAAGAGGUAUGUUCUGAGAAUUAUAGAAUAGCUAAUCAUACAAUUAUUAGAUAUUAAUAACCCUGGGAAUGUUAAUCAUAGAUAUGCUAAUAAUUUUACACUUAUUCCAAAUAAGUAUAUUGGAACAGGAAUCAAAUAAACUAAUCAAUAUUCAACUAAUUUAUCAAGAAUUGAAUGGGAUUUAAUAUAAAAUUAGUUUUGGAGUAGAGUUAUAAAUUAUAUCAAGAUAGUCAUAAAGAUAGUUCUGAAUGGUAACUUAUAAGGAAGGCAUUAUCUUAAGAAGAUGAAUGUAAUAUAUUUAUUUAUAAUAUAUUAUAGCCUUAGCUUUUCAAAUUCUCAGUUAAGCCAAUUUCAAAUUGAUUAGAAAUUCCAUUUAGUUAUUAGUUAAAGAUAGUAUAAUUGUUAUUUAAAUAAGAGUAAAUAUAUCAAGUUCCAAUAUUUGUAAUUAAUGAACCUACAUUUUGUAGUAAUCAAAAUUUUGAAUUGAAUUUUGAAACGUCUAUCUUAAAAGUAAUUAAAACAAAUUAUUUAGGUGAGAGUUCGCAGUAGUAAACUGCCUUAAGAUUUUGAAAUUUCUACUUAAAACACUUCUACUAUUUAAGAAAUUAAGUAAAUCAUAUUAUAGGUUGCAAAUGAGAAAACUUGCAGAUUAUUUUUAAAUGGAAGAGAAUUAAUAGAUUAGAAUUAAUUAGGAAAUUAUUCUAUAAGUUCAGGAACUGUAUUAUUUAAAUUAUUAUAAUAUUAGGUAAUCUAAGCUUUUUUGUGA